AUGAGUGAACUCAAGAAAAGACUCUACAGUAGUGUGUUGAUGCUAAGCUGUGUAUUUGCUUUAUUGUAUUUUAACCAAAUUGAUCUGUUACUGGCUGCGGUUGAAGCCAAAGUGUUCCAUGAGCUUCGUAGAGUCAGCUUGACUAAUUCAAAGGCACAAGAAGAGAGGAUUCAAGUGUAUUCUGAUUGGACGCUCUUUCUUGCUGCAGCUUUACUUUCUACUUUUUGUAACUUGUAUGGUUUUAUUGUCUACGUAGCAUGGUUCAUGUUUUGGGUUACGUUUAUCUUGGAUAAACAAGAGCAUUUGAAUGACAAACUAUUGCAUGUAUUUUGGCUACAUACAGCCUUAAUUUAUAUAGGGCUCCAACCACUCUUCAUUCGAUCCAAUGUAACUCAUGGACUCUUUUGGUUUUUAUUUCCCUGUUGCCUUGUCUUUGUAAAUGAUACAGCAGCCUAUGUCUGUGGUAGAUUGUUUGGUAGAUACCGUCUGCUUCGAUUGAGCCCCAAAAAGACACUAGAAGGGUACCUAGGUGCUAUCAUUUUGACGGUUCUUUUUGGAUAUUGGCUUUCAUCUUGGUUAGGGCAAAAGAGUAGCCUAAUUGACAAAAAGCCUGAUCAUAUCCAGUUUCAUGGAAUGAUGCUCUCCUUAUUUGCUUCAAUAGCUGCACCAUUUAGCGGUUUCCUAGCAAGCGCAAUCAAGAGAGCUAGCGGCGUCAAAGACUUUGGACACUGGAUCCCGGGCCAUGGGGGCCUUACUGACCGAGUCGAUUGUCAUCUUUUUAUGGCUGCUUUUACUUACUUUUACUGCAAAGAGUAUGUAUAUUUUCAAGCGUAA